UAGAGCUGUGACCCUGUGACCUAUUACAUGUGUUCAUGGUACCUGUCAUAAAUCCUCGAUUUAAAAUUGGGUCAGAUUUUGUUGAAAUAAUGUAACUUUUAUAUUCCUUUUCUAGUGGUGAAUAUUUUUUGAAGCCGCUCUAUAAACCAGACUAGUAAGUGCAUCAGCUGUUAAGACUGCUCAGACGUAUAACUUCAUCAGUUCUAUUAUUUUCGUAUAGAAGACUAACAACCAUGUUUUCUCUUUGGUACGCCUCUUUAACAUGGAGAGAGUUUGGUGAGGACGCUAUGGUGGACGCAGCAGUGCUGGAGAAGCUGGAAGCUGGCUACGCCAAGUUGGCUGCCUCCGACAGCAAGUCUCUGCUCAAGAAGUAUUUGACCAAGGAAGUGUUUGACAACCUGAAGACCAAGAAAACUCCUUCCUUUGGCUCCUCACUUCUUGAUGUCAUCCAGUCCGGUCUUGAGAACCACGACUCUGGAGUAGGCAUCUAUGCACCAGAUGCGGAGGCAUACUCUGUUUUUGCUGAGCUGUUUGACCCCAUCAUUGAGGACUACCAUGGUGGCUUCAAAAAGACCGAUAAGCAUCCACCCAAGGACUGGGGUGAUGUGGACACGCUGGGAAACCUGGACCCUGCUGGUGAAUAUAUCAUCUCAACAAGAGUGAGGUGUGGCCGUUCCCUGGAAGGCUACCCCUUCAACCCUUGCCUGACUGAAGCCCAGUACAAGGAGAUGGAGGAGAAGGUCUCAAGCACCCUGUCCGGUCUGGAGGGAGAGCUGAAAGGGCAGUUCUACCCUCUCACUGGCAUGACAAAGGAAGUUCAGCAAAAGCUCAUCGAUGACCACUUCCUGUUCAAGGAGGGUGAUCGCUUCCUGCAGGCUGCCAAUGCAUGCCGCUUCUGGCCCACUGGACGAGGUAUCUACCACAACGACGCCAAGACGUUCCUGGUAUGGUGUAACGAGGAGGAUCAUUUGCGAAUCAUCUCCAUGCAGAUGGGUGGUGACCUUGGGCAGGUGUACCGUCGCCUUGUGACGGCUGUGAAUGACAUCGAGAAGCGCAUUCCCUUCUCGCAUGAUGACCGCCUGGGCUUCCUCACUUUCUGCCCCACCAACUUGGGCACAACAGUGCGUGCGUCCGUGCACAUCAAGGUACCCAAGCUGGCUGCUGACAAGGCCAAACUAGAGGAGGUUGCUAGCAAGUACAACCUGCAGGUCCGUGGCACACGCGGUGAACACACAGAGGCUGAGGGUGGUGUGUAUGACAUCUCCAAUAAACGGCGUAUGGGCCUCACGGAAUACGACGCUGUGAAAGAGAUGAACGAUGGCAUUGCUGAGCUCAUCAAGCUUGAGAGCUCCCUGUAAACUGUGGACCAAAACACCACCACUCUCUAAUACACUGUAAUAUUAUGAUAUUCAUUAUAAGGCUUUUCCUCGAUUCAAGGGAAGUGGCCAGAAUCGAAAAUUCAUAAGGAAGUAAACCAAUCUGCUACCCAUAUCCUCGUCUUCACAUAAUUACUGCUUCUUGUCUUCAUUUUUCUAUAUCUUUGAAUUGAAAGAAACAUUACCUUCUGUUCAUUUAAUGCCAAUGUUGAUUUUUAAGAAACCGGGACAGUUGAGGAAAUUUUUAUUGUUCAAGAACCAAUUGAGGACUAGCAUGAAAGUGAAAGGAUAAUGUUAAUAAUGUUAAUCAGUAUUGUGUAAGAAGUUAAUAUAAUGUAUAACAUAAUGAGCAGUUAUGAAGCUUUCUGUACAGUUGGUUUUGGUAACUAUAUACAGUCCUCGCCCAACAUGGGAACAGUUUGUGACAGCAAUAUUUCUGCAAUUUCAAAUGACUGAAGGGAUGGAUGUUUUUUCUUGAUCUGUUAUUCCAGCAGUGUUCUUUCUUCCAUUACUUUCCUUCUCAGAGGAAACUUUGUAGUUCAUUUAUGCCUUUGGAUGUUGCAACAUCCGGUUGUUUACAUCAAUUCAAGGAUGUGGGGUGCGAGAUGUUUUCAGAUGUAGAUCAUAAUAGUUUAAAAAAAUCAUCAAAAGAUUUCAUUGUUGCUUAUGUUUUAAACUAGAAGGGAGCUAGAAGGUUGCAUUGGCGGCAGACAUUUGUCUGUUCCAGUCAGAGCAAUUCAAUAUUCCACAGUUAUUAAAAUAGCACAACAGCCCUUAAGGUGAAUAUGUAGUUGCAGUACUGUACGUAAUAGUUCCUCUCGCUUGAAUUGGGGUGUUUACUCUUCAAGGCAAUGCCUUGCUCCUUUGGGCUGUCACUGUUACUGAUGCAGGCUACUCUGUGUGGGUUAAUGGUAAGAGUAACUGUAGCUUGUCACCUGACACCUUCGCUCCCUUUUGCAUUAAGUUUCAUGCAGUCACAUACACAGUAAGCUUAAUCACAUGAUAAGUUUAUUCGGGAAGCUUUAUUUUCAUUAAUUUUGAAUGUGAAGAACAAUAAAUUUGAAUUCGUUCAGCUGUCUUCAUGCUUCUAGUCCUUAAUUGAGAAAGUAUAUUACAUAAUUUUGCCAUUUCAUUGAACAGAAACUGAGACGAUCGAGAAAGACAUGAGACUAUCACAAGUGCACCGAGGAAUAAAAAGAGUACCAUUCCCAAAGUAUGAUGCAGUUAUCAGUUCCACUGUUUGAAUAAACAAGGUGAAUAAAAUUAAUAAAGAGAUGUUAACAUAU